UGGAGGCCCCCGGCGGCCGCGCGGGUGGCGGGAAGGAGGAAGUUUCAAAGCCGAGCGGCCUGGUGGCCGCUGCUCGGCGAGAUGAAGCUGCACUGCGACGUGGAGGUGACCCCCCGCCACUUGCCGGCCUUGGGGCUGAGGAACCGGGGCAAGGGCGUCCGAGCUGUGCUGAGCCUGUGUCAGCAGACACCGCGGAGCCAGCCGCGCCCCCGGGCUGGGGGCGAGCCGGGCGGCCCGCCGCGCGCCUGCCUGCUCAUCUCCACCCUGAAGGACAAGCGCGGGACGCGCUACGAGCUAAAGGAGAAUGUUGAGCAGUUCUUCACCAAAUUUGUAGAAGAGGGGAAAGCCACUGUUCGGUUAAAGGAGCCUCCUGUGGAUAUCUGUCUCAGUAAGGCCAACUCUGGAAGUUUAAAGGGUUUUCUUUCAGCUGUAAGACUGGCUCAUAGAGGUUGUGAUGUUGAUGUACCACUUUCAACGCUCACACCAGUGAAGACGUCAGAAUUUGAAAAAUUUAAAACUAAAAUGGUUAUUACAUCCAAAAAGGACUAUCCUCUAAGCAAAAACUUUCCACAUUCUCUGGAACAGCUUCAAACUUCUUACUGUGGACUUGUCCGGGUUGAUAUGCGUAUGCUUUGCUUAAAAAACCUUAGGAAGUUAGACUUGAGUCACAACCAUAUAAAAAAGCUUCCUGCCACAAUUGGAGACCUCAUAUACCUUCAGGAUCUUAACCUGAACGACAAUCACUUGGAGUCAUUUAGUGUAGCCUUGUGUCAGUCUACACUCCAGAAAUCACUCCGGAGUUUGGAUCUCAGCAAGAACAAAAUCAAGGCACUCCCUGUACAAUUUUGUCAGCUCCGAGAACUUACAGAUUUAAAACUUGAUGAUAAUGAAUUGAUUCGAUUUCCUUGCAAGAUGGGACAACUAACAAACCUUCGUUUUUUGUCAGCUGCUCGAAAUAAGCUUCCAUUUUUGCCUAGUGAGUUUAAAAAUUUAUCCCUUGAGUACUUGGAUCUUUUUGGAAAUACUUUUGAACAACCAAAAGUCCUUCCAGUUGUAAUGCUGCAAAUGCCAUUAACUUUAUUGGAAUCUUCUGCACGCACCAUACUGUAUAAUAGGAUUCCAUAUGGUUCUCAUAUCCUUCCUUUCCAUCUUUGCCAAGACUUGGAUACUGCAAAAACCUGCGUUUGUGGAAGAUUCUGUCUCAGUUCUUUCAUUCAGGAAACUACUACCAUGAACCUACACUCUGUUGCUCACACUGUGGUCUUAGUAGAUAACAUGGGUGGCACUGAAGCAGCUAUUAUCACUUAUUUCUGUUCUCUCGCCUGUUACGUAAAUUCCUCUGAUACAUUAAAGUGAUGGGUGUUACCCCAAAUGGAAAUUUCAUUUAGUUACAGAUCAGUUUGGGAUUUAUUUAUGAUUAACAAAGGCAAUUUGGAGAAAGACAAGUUUUUGUAUAAAUGUUUGAAACGAAGAAUAUGUGUUAUUCUAACAUCUUAAGUUAUUGGACUCUAAAACUUUACUGCCAUUAAAAGCAAAUUUGAUUUUA